AUGUCUCCACGUUUACAAUCUCAGUGUCUCCACGUUCACCAUCUCAAUGUCUCCACGUUCAUCAUCUCAGUGUCUCCACGUUCAUCAUCUCAGUGUCUCCACGUUCAUCAUCUCAGUGUCUCCACGUUCACCAUCUCAAUGUCUCCACGUUCAUCAUCUCAAUGUCUCCACGUUCAUCAUCUCAAUGUCUCCACGUUCAUCAUCUCAGUGUGUCCACGUUCAUCAUCUCAAUGUCUCAACGUUCACCAUAUCAAUGUCUCAACGUUCACCAUGUCAAUGUCUCCACGUACACCAUCUCAGUGUCUCCACGUACACCAUCUCAGUGUCUCCACAUUAACCAUGUCAAUGUCUCCACGUUCACCAUCCCAGUGUCUCCACGUUUACCAUAUCAAUUAA